AUGCUCGUGGGCCUACCUGGAAGAGAAAAUCCAUUCAGGAGAGACUCUUCUUCAUUGCCUCAUCCUAUGGAGGAAUCACCACUGCCCAUCUACAUUGAGGAGGGGACAGAAGUCCCGAUUGCCAAAAAGGAGUUGAUUGCUCUUGGCAUCAGGGAAAUCUGGACCCAGAAGACCACAGAAAGCAGAAAUAUGGCAACCAAGGAGAAGCUUCAGUGCUUGAAAGACUUCCACAAGGACAUCCUCAAACCUUCCCCUGGGAAGAGCCCGGGGACGCGGCCGGAGGAUGAGGCAGAGGGGAAGCCGCCCCAGCGGGAGAAGUGGGCGAGCAAGAUUGACUUUCUGCUCUCCGUGGCUGGUGGAUUUAUUGGUUUAGGCAAUGUCUGGCGGUUUCCGUAUCUCUGCUACAAAAAUGGCGGAGGUGCAUUUCUUAUACCUUAUUUCAUUUUCCUGUUUGGGGGAGGUCUUCCUGUGUUUUUCCUGGAGGUGGUGCUAGGACAGUAUACCUCUGAAGGUGGAAUUACAUGCUGGGAAAAGAUCUGCCCUAUUUUUACUGGAAUUGGUUAUGCUUCCAUAGUGAUCGUGUCCCUGCGGAACGUGUACUACAUUGUGAUCCUGGCCUGGGGACUCUAUUACCUGUUCCAGUCGUUCCAGAGCGUCCUGCCGUGGGCACACUGCCACCAGAAGUGGAACACGCCAACCUGCGUGGAAGACACUCUCAGGAAGAACAAAACGCUCUGGAUAUCGCUGAAUGCCACUAACUUCACCUCUCCUGUCACGGAGUUCUGGGAGCGCAAUGUACUGAGCUUGUCCUCGGGAAUUGAAGAUAUUGGUAUUAUCAAGUGGGAUCUAGCACUGUGUCUUCUCCUCGUCUGGGUGAUAUGUUUCUUCUGCAUUUGGAAAGGAGUCAAAUCCACUGGGAAAGUGGUGUACAUCACUGCCACGUUUCCAUUCAUCAUGCUCCUUGUUCUGCUCAUCCGUGGGGUGACCCUGCCUGGAGCUGCAGAAGGCAUCAAGUUUUAUCUUUAUCCCGAUAUCUCACGGUUAGCUGACCCCCAGGUCUGGAUAGAUGCAGGGACACAAAUCUUCUUCUCAUAUGCAAUCUGCUUAGGAGCAAUGACUUCCCUGGGGAGCUACAACAAGUACAAAUACAACUGCUAUAGGGACUGUUUGCUGCUGGGAUGCCUGAACAGUGGUACCAGUUUUGUGUCUGGCUUCGCAAUUUUUUCCGUCCUGGGCUUCAUGGCACAAGAGCAAGGGGUGAACAUUGCUGAUGUGGCAGAGUCAGGUCCAGGCCUGGCCUUCAUUGCCUACCCAAAAGCUGUGUCCAUGAUGCCACUGCCCACCUUUUGGGCAAUCCUUUUUUUUAUUAUGCUUCUGUUGCUUGGACUGGAUAGCCAGUUUGUUGAAGUUGAAGGACAGAUCACGUCAUUAGUUGAUCUGCACCCAUCCUUCCUAAGGAAGGGUUACCGACGGGAAAUCUUCAUCGCUAUAGUGUGUUUCCUUAGCUAUCUUCUGGGACUAACUAUGGUGACUGAGGGUGGCAUGUAUGUUUUUCAACUCUUUGACUACUAUGCAGCUAGUGGUGUAUGCCUUUUGUGGGUUGCAUUCUUUGAAUGUAUUGCUGUAGCCUGGGUUUAUGGCGCUGAUAAUAUUUAUGAUGCCAUUGAGGAUAUGAUUGGAUACAGACCUGGUCCCUGGAUGAAGUGGAGCUGGAUUGUGAUCACACCAGUUCUCUGUGUGGGGUGCUUUAUCUUUUCUUUGGCCAAGUACAAACCACUGACCUACAACAAGGUCUACACGUACCCAGACUGGGCAAUCGGCCUGGGCUGGGUUCUCGCCCUUUCCUCCAUGAUCUGCAUCCCUAUGGUGAUGGUCAUUCGCAUCAUCCAGUCAGAUGGGUCGCUCAUUGAGAGGAUAAAAGCGGUGGCCGCCCCCAAGGAAGUGAAUCGGUGGUCCAAAGAAACGGAGAGCGGCACCCCCUUCUGCCCCAAUGGCACUUCGAAUGGCGGAUUGAUCAAGCCAACUCAUAUCAUUGUGGAAACCAUGAUGUGAGCUCUCUCUGUGAGAGGAUAAACCUGCUUUAACUGCCGUUUACUAACCAUAGAUUCUCAUAGGACCAGGUUUACAGAGCUUUAUAUUUGCACUAGGAUUUAUUUUUAUUUCUCACAGAGAAAGUUAUUUUUUGUGUGUGUUUUUUUUUAAUAUUUUGUAAGGUAAUCACAGCAGAUGUCUCUCUGUAGAGGGAGAGCUUUCAUAUCAGACUAGACGUAUUACAGGAAUUUACUAUUAUUGGGUUUUUUUAAAAUAUAUAUAUCUUUAUCUCUAAAUAUUAUACACCUUACCACUUGAAUUGAUUGUCUUGCCAGCAAUACAUUCAAGUCUCAGAAAGCAAUUUUUAGGUGCUGGUAUGGUUGGGAGCAGGGUAACCUUCAGAACACACAAAGGGAGCUCUGUUGAGAGAUAAGA